AUGUUAAGCGAGAACAAGCUUGACGAGGCAAGAUUUAGGGUCAUUCUUUGCUAAUUCUUUGAUUAUAGGUUCGAAAAGACGAAACGUUCAUCCACUUCACCUACAAUGGAAUAAAAAUGAAGUGGGUGCAGUGCAUUCAUUGUAGUCAAUUCAUCAACGGAAUUAGAGGAGGUCACAAAAGGUUAGUUUUUACCGUUUUCCGAUUUCACUUCUUUUUUUCAGCCGUCACUUUAAGAAAAUCUGCAUUAACAGACCUACUCCAGAAGAUUCGAUAGAUUUUUUCUCGGAAAUUAUGAAGUAUUGCAUCGCUACAGGAUCAAGUUUCAACCACUUGAGCUCGGAAUCUUUUCAAAAUCUGGUUCGUGGUGUCUACAAGAAGAUCGUGCCAAACGCCGAUACAACACAGCUCAAGCUCCCGACGAGAAAGCAACUGAAAGCCGGCCUAGAAAACAAAUACAUCGAAGUGGAAGAAGCAAUCGGCGAAAAGGUAAUAUUUUCCUUAAAUCAGUUCCUAAUUAUCUAAAUUUCAGGUGCGCUCUCACGUGAGGAACAAGUCUGCAUCAAUUUUGAUAGACUUUGGUCUUCAUAUUGAGCACUUCCUCAGUGCCUUUCUCGUUUUUGUCGAAAAGAAAGAGAAUUCCGGUAUGCACAAACAGUUCGAAACAACAACCACCAUGAAUUUUUCAGAUCCUUUCCUUCAAGUCUUGCCGUUCUGCUUCAGCCCUACCGAAAACACGAAAACGUCCGAAAAUGUCCGUGACAUGCUCAUAGAAAGCGGUUCGAAGUUCCGACUCUCGGAGUCUGAAGUUCUUUCUCUUCAAGUGGUCAGCGACGGAGCUGCGAACCUUGAGAAGAUGGGACGCACCUACUUCGAGUCUUGUAAGUUUUUCCCCUUAUCAAAAAAUGAAGUAUAGUUUUACAGGGUCGAAAUGCGGCUGCCAUUCAAUUCAAAAGAUCAGUGAACGAGUCCUGAAGCCACGUGUGGAUCUGGAGGACCAGUUCGAAGCGAGUGAGCUCGAAGAAUUGGAGCAAUGCCGUGAUCUGAUUGUUCAGUGUGCGCGCUUAGCAAGUUUCGUUCACGAUCGAAAGGUAAGUGUUCUUUUUUUUCACCAUUACCUUCUUUUUUCAGAAACUCAUCAACGUCGACCGCCUUCCCGUUCGUUCUGUUCCGACGAGAUGGCAAACAGCGGUGAAGUGUGCCAGAGACAUCUCUAUCCUUCUUCCCACAUUGUCCACGUGCACCGAUCGGAAAAUCGCAAAACUAGCAACAGAUCUAACAAGUCAGUACCACCGGCUCAACCCAGUGAUUACGGUUCUAGAAAAGUUCGAACCGCUUCUUAAUCUUUUCGAGGUAAGUCCACAGUUCCUUCGUUGUAAAAAUAAAACAUUUUCAGCUAUCCUCCCCGACUAUCCAUCUCUUCCUCCCGAAACUGAAUUCACUUCUGAACCAUUUCAAAAAUGAAGAAGAAAAAGAAGCUCCUGGAACUGUGUCUCACUUGCUUCACAAGUCCGCCCGAAUCGUGGUUUCCCACUACAUGGACACCGACGUAUCCGACCUUCAUGUCAUGUCGACAUUUCUUUUCCCCAAAACGAAACGGAUGAGCAAGCUCCCGGACAAAUAUCUUGAAAUCGCUAUUUCGAAAGUCGAAGAUCGUCUAUCUCAAAUCGGCGACCCACGUAUUCCAGUCAACGAAAAAAAUGGAUGCGAUGAGUAAGGCAGCUAAUUUUUCUUCUAACCUAAUUACAUAAAUUUUAGCGAGUUCGACGACAUUCUUCAGCCGACCUCAAAGGAGGAAAUAGCCGCUUAUGUGGCUGAACUGGUUCAUCCUUCUGAAGACUGCCCGUUGAAAUAUUGGUAUAAGAAUCAGACAAAGUUCCCCACACUGAGCAAGGUGGCGCUCCGAUGUUUCUCCGUCUUCACUUCUGAAUCCGUUUGUGAGCGGAGCUUCAGCGCCGUCAAGAACGUCGUCACCACAGACCGCAACCGUCUCAGCCCCGCCCUCAUCGAAAGGAUCAUGAUCGUUUACUUUUACACGAACAACUUCCGAUAA